AGCUAUCAGCUGGUCACACUUAAGUAUUCCCGCCUCUACUAGCAUCGUCUCCGCAAAUCGCAAUUUAUUACAGCUGGUGAAAUACGAAUUAUUCGCAAAAAUAUUUAUUAAAAUGGGCUACUCAUCUUUGUCUACGGGAGUGAUUGCUCGCAUCAUGCACGGCGAGGAUGUGUCCAAGCCGGUGCUCCAGAUCUUGGCUAUCAAGAAGAUUAACAGCAACGCUGACUCCGAGCGCUAUCGCAUUCUGAUCUCCGAUGGCAAGUAUUUUAAUAGUUACGCCAUGUUGGCCAGCCAGCUAAACGAGAUGCAGCACAAGGGCCAGCUUGAAGAGUUCACCAUAGUGCAGCUGGACAAGUAUGUUACGUCCAUGGUUGGCAAGGACGGAGCCGGCAAACGCGUCCUCAUCAUUUCCGAGUUGACGGUACUCAAUCCAGGAGCCGAUGUAAAGGCCAAAAUCGGGGAGCCUGUUACUUAUGAGAAUGCUUCCAAGCAAGACCUGGCUGCCAAGCCGGCACCGCCUCCUGUCGCCGCCCAUAAAAAAGAACCCGCCCAUAAUAAUAAUAACAACAACAACAACAUAGCCAUGAAUUCCUCGAUUAACGCCGGAAUGACUCAUCCUAUUUCCAGUCUAAGUCCUUACCAGAACAAGUGGGUGAUCAAGGCUCGUGUGACUUCCAAGACAGCAAUCCGCACAUGGAGCAAUGCCCGAGGCGAGGGCAAACUAUUUAGCAUGGACCUAAUGGACGAAUCGGGUGAGAUUCGAGCAACAGCCUUUAAAGAGCAGUGCGAUAAGUUUUACGACUUGAUACAAGUGGACAGCGUCUACUAUUUUUCAAAAUGCCAACUAAAACCGGCGAACAAACAGUAUUCCCAGUUGGACAAUGCCUACGAAAUGACGUUCACGGGCGAAACCGUCGUCCAGCUGUGCGAAGAAGCAGAUGAUGAUGCCAUUCCGGUUAUCAAAUACAAUCUUGUGCCCAUUUCCGAGGUGUCUGGUAUGGAGAAUAAGGCGGCGGUGGAUACGAUUGGUAUCUGCAAGGAAGUCGGUGAGCUGCAGGCCUUCGUUUCGCGCACCACCAACAAGGAGUUCAAGAAGCGUGACCUUACUCUUGUAGACAUGAGCAACUCGGCCAUAAAUUUGACCCUUUGGGGCGAUGAUGCGGUCAACUUUGACGGUCAUGUGCAGCCUGUCAUUCUGGUCAAGGGAACUCGUAUCAAUGAGUUCAAUGGCGGCAAAAGCCUGAGCCUUGGCGGCGGUUCUAUUAUGAAGAUAAACCCUGAUAUCCCGGAGGCCCACAAGCUGCGCGGUUGGUUUGACAACGGUGGCGGUGAUAACAUUGCCAACAUGGUGUCGGCUCGGACGGGCGGAGGCAACUUCUCCACCGAUUGGAUGACAUUUAAGGAUGCCCGUGAGCGCAAUCUCGGCAGUGGUGACAAGCCAGACUAUUUCCAGUGCAAGGCUGUGGUUCACAUAGUUAAGCAGGAGAACGCAUUCUAUCGCGCCUGCCCGCAGACCGAUUGCAACAAGAAGGUGGUCGAUGAGGGCAACGAUCAGUACCGCUGCGAACGCUGCAACGCGCUUUAUCCAAACUUUAAGUACCGCCUGUUGGUUAAUAUGAGCAUUGGCGACUGGACGUCUAAUCGCUGGGUGACCUGCUUCAACGAGAUCGGCGAGCAAAUGCUCGGCCACACAUCCCAGGAAGUGGGCGAGGCUCUGGAAAAUGACGCCGCAAAGGCGGAGCAAAUAUUCUCGUCCCUUAAUUUUACUUCUCACAUCUUCAAGUUGCGCUGCAAGAACGAGGUCUAUGGCGACACGACCCGCAACAAGCUGACUGUGCAGUCCGCUGCUCCCAUCAACCACAAGGAGUAUAACAAGUAUCUGCUUAAGGAGCUAAAAGAGCUGACCGGAAUCGGCUCUUCCAAUUAAUUCCCGUGUGCAGUGCACAUACACAUACCUAUAUGAAAUACGUGAAUGAUAAGAUACGCAUAAAAUUAUGUUAUAUGUUAAAUUUUUUGAUUUGUAAAUCCAAAAAUCGCCCGAGUUUAAUACAAAA